AUGGCUGGGGCUCGCAGGCUGGAGCUGGCCGAGGCCCUGGAGCUGGGGCCUGGCUGGCGGCAUGCGUGCCAUGCGCUGCUCUACGCGCCCGACCCGGGGGUGCUCUUCGGCCGCAUCCCGCUGCGCUACGCCGUACUGAUGCAGAUGCGCUUCGAUGGGCGCCUGGGCUUCCCCGGAGGCUUCGUGGACGCGCAGGACAGCAGCCUGGAGGACGGUCUGAACCGCGAAUUGCGGGAGGAGCUGGGCGAGGCGGUGUCCGCCUUCCGCGUGGAGCGCGCCGACUACCGCAGCUCGCACGCCGGGCCCAGGCCGCGCGUCGUGGCCCACUUCUACGCCAAGCGUCUGACGCUGGAGCAGCUGGUGGCCGUGGAGGCGGGCGCACCGUGCGCUAAGGACCACGGGCUGGAGGUCCUGGGCCUGGUGCGCGUGCCCCUGUAUACCUUGCGGGAUGGUAUGGGAGGCCUGCCUGCUUUCCUGGAGAAUUCCUUUAUUGGAGCUGCCCGAGAGCAGCUACUGGAAGCUCUCCAAGACUUGGGACUUUUGGAAUCUGGCUCUGUGUUGGGCCUUAAGAACUCAGCUCAUUGCUAGAGGCAACCCUCCGUGGACCCAUGGAACCUGGGAUGAGGACCUUGGUACUAGGGAGGGAUGGAGGGAAGGAAAGAGGAAUGUUUUCUGUGGCUGAG